AUGAUGCACAAGUCGUCUGCACCAACAUCUCCACCGUUGAUGAACUGCCUGGCCGAUGGACCGGUAGGAGUCAGCAACGAUGAUGGUUCUCAUUAUUUGUUGAUUUCGAAUGGUUCAAUAGAUUCUGUCGAAACUGCUUAUCCAUUUAAUCAUGCUUCUUACACUCUGCGUACCUUAUCGGAUGCUCAAGAUCGUCCAUAUGAGCCAUGCAACAACAGCGUCGAAAACGGUAAUCACUCACCUAUGGACACAUUAUCACCACUACCUGAGACAUGCCUUGUCGCUUCUUCAUCCAUGUCCGAAGUGUCGCCGUCAACUGGUUUAAUAUGUUUGCCACAUACCGCUGCUGGCGGCUAUGUUCUCUAUGAAGAGGAGACGAUGGGUGAAGAUCUGGCGGUUGUCGAAAGCGGUGAGGGCGUUAUGCUGGCUUCUCAUUGUCAUUCGUCCACAGCUGCAGAACAUCAGCAGAGUGUGCAAAGUCAAAAACAUCACUUCUUUGCACAGCAACAGCAUCAGUCACAUAAUCACCAGAAACGCUUUCAUAUGGCAUCGGCGAAUGCACACUGUAGACCGCAGAAGUUGCUUGAACUCGACUCACAGUUCAGUUAUACGCAACAACAACAGCAACAAAUGGAUGGUGAAGAUGAUGAUAUGAUGUUAACGGAUUUGAACACAACAUCACAUUUCUAUGAUGUUGUUGAGAGCAGCUUAACGGUGUCGCAGUACGAUAUUGAUGAUGAUGAUACACAUUCGUCGACACUGAAUCGUAGUCAUGAAUUGAAUCAGGGUUUGAGUGACGAUAGAGCAGCACUAGCUUUGUUUGACGAAGAUAAUGUCGCGUUGCUUACAGAAGAGGACAGUGUUAGCGUUGAUCCUCGAUAUUCCUCUUUCACAACAACAUCAGCAACAAAUGGGCAGUCGACAGGUCAGACUGAUUUUGAGAUUGAAUUCGAGAGCGCUAUUCAAGACUCGCCUCAGGCCCAGUAUUCUCAACACCAGUUGCAAUACCAUCAUCUUCAACAACAGCAAACGCAAGAUCAUCAUCUCCAACAGCAAAUUACUUAUGUAUGUACUUCUGACAAUGUUUCUGCCACUCACCAAGCUUAUGUUUGUGCUCAACAAACUUCUCCGGAUGCCAUACAGUCUCAGUCCCAACCGCUGACGAUGGUGAAUAAUAAUAACAAUUGCAAGAAUGUUGCCACUCGUAACCGUGCUAAUAGUAUGACCACCAAGAAAAAAGUUGUUGAUGUAAGUCAAACGAAGAAUUUGGUCAAAAAGCGAUCACUUGCAUCAUGUGCGAUUAUGAGCUACCAAAGUGAGGAGAUGGCAAAACAUCGAGCAAAAGACGAUAGUAAUGCGGAUGAUGGGAAGAGUACAGGUAGUUCUGCUGCUGCUACUGUACGGAUAGGUACGACGAGUAAUAUUUCGAAUCGUGCUUCUUUCAAUGGUGUAAAAGAACAGCAAUCAGUCGUAAACCCGCGACGGAUUGAGGAUAUGAGUGUGGAUGAUGAUGAUGACGAAGAAAAAUUGGCCAUUCCAAGUCCGGCGAUGUUGAACGAUAUGAUGUCGAGAGUGCAAAUCUUCGCUCUUCCAUUCGAUCAUCUCUUUGCGAUAGUCACUCUUGUAUAG